GUUUUUUGCUGGCAACUUAAAUGACUGAUUUUUUUUAUUAGAAACACUGUAUAUUUUCUCCCUCGGGGGCUCGUUCAUAUCCUUACUUUCCAUGACAGAUCUUAACGACAAUAUAUGCAAAAAAUAUAUAAAGAUGAUCACUAAUAUAGUUAUAUUGAGCCUGAUCAUUUGCAUUUCUUUAGCUUUCUGGAUUAUGUCUAUGACUGCAAGCACCUAUUAUGGUAAUUUACAGCCUAUUUCUCCUUGGCGUUGGCUGUUUUCCGUUGUCGUUCCUGUUUUGAUUGUCUCUAAUGGCUUUAAGAAGAAAAGUCUAGACCACAGUGGGGCUUUAGGAGGACUUGUGGUUGGAUUUAUCCUAACCAUUGCAAAUUACAGCUUUUUUACCUCUUUGCUGAUGUUUUUCCUUUCUUCUUCAAAACUCACUAAAUGGAAGGGAGAAAUAAAGAAGCGUCUAGAUUCAGAAUACAAAGAAGGCGGGCAGAGGAAUUGGAUUCAGGUAUUCUGUAAUGGAGCUGUGCCUACAGAGCUGGCCCUGCUGUAUAUGAUAGAAAAUGGCCCCGGGGAAAUCCCAAUAGAUUUUUCCAAGCAGUACACUGCUUCCUGGAUGUGUUUGUCUCUCUUGGCUGCACUGGCCUGCUCUGCUGGAGACACAUGGGCUUCAGAAGUUGGCACCGUUCUGAGUAAAAGCCCGCCAAGGCUAAUAACAACCUGGGAAAAAGUUCCAGUUGGGACCAAUGGAGGGGUCACAGUGGUGGGCCUUGCCUCCAGUCUCCUUGGUGGUACCUUUGUGGGCAUCACGUACUUCCUCACACAGUUGGUUUUUGUUAAUGAUUUGGACAUUUCUGCUCCCCAGUGGCCAAUUAUUGCAUUUGGGGGUCUGGCUGGAUUACUAGGAUCAGUUAUAGACUCAUACUUAGGAGCUACAAUGCAAUUUACUGGUUUAGAUGAAAGCACUGGCAUGGUGGUCAACAGCCCAGUGAAUGAGGUGAAGUACAUAGCAGGGAAACCGAUUCUUGAUAACAAUGCAGUGAAUCUGUUUUCUUCUGUCCUUAUCGCCCUCUUGCUCCCAACUGCUGCUUGCCAUUUUUGGCCCAGUGAGUGAACUUUAUUUCAUUUACAAAGGUUGAAACUGUGGUAAAUUCAGCUAAAUUUGCAAUUCUGAGUUUCAUCGUAAAAAGAAUAAUUACAAUGGCAAAGAGGAAAUGUCAGCUCUUCCCAUAUUCCAUUGUGAUGAAAUUCCACAUUUUUCCUUUCGUUAACUCCCUUGUAACAGCUAACAUGUUUGUAGUGAAAGAUAAGUAUACACAGAACUUAUUCAUAUUUUUCUUCUGCUGAGUAGAGCUUCUUGAGCAAUGAAGCUAUGAUAUCCAUAUAGAUUGCUAUAUACUGAACUGAAAAUUCCUACGGAGUAAAUAAUAGAUUUUGUUCUCGUUAAACCAGUAUAGGGACUAAAAGUGUAAUGCCACAUGUAACAGUUACCCAAAUUGUAGUUUGGGGUGGUUUAAACUGAUGUGUGUAUGUGGAAUUCUGAAUAAGUGUAAUCCUGGACUCCAUUACUUGCCAUACACAAUUGGGAAAAGUGUGGAGUUUGGUUCUUAGUGAGCUAUGAGGCCUACUCCACAUUUGUUCUCCCUUUCUCAGGGUUAGUAAUGGGAAAAAAGUAAAUGUCUUUUUCAUAUGACCAUUAGAAAGCAUACUUUUUUAAGUAAAAGCAAAGAAGAUUUAUAUCUAAGAUAUGUGCACCUUCUAUUUCAAUUGAUCUUUGAGAAGUUAUCUUGUAUUUAAUAUUUUUUAAUGUAUUUUCUAGUUUUCUUUGAAAUUUGUAUAAGAAUUUGUUUUACUUUGGCAUCCUGAACAAUUAGAGUCACUGGGAAACUAUUGUAACUUUUUUUAUUUGCUACCUAGAAUUCACUGGAAGAUGCUAUGAUUUCUUCUUCUGUACUUAAGUUACGCUCUUCUGUACAAUAUAGACUCAAAUGAAUUCUA